UCACUUCUCCCGGGCCCAAUGCGGCCCAUGUUCACGCACCUCUGCAUUAGUCUUUUAUACCAAAAUAAAUUAGUACGUGCCCCAGGUCUUUAACACAAAGUGACCAUGGCUGACUUCGUCAAACAGCGGCAGGUUCUAGUAGAUCAUGGCUGUAGUUGCGCACAAGAUGAAUUGAGUGGCACCUGAUUUUAUGAUGAAGUGGGGACAGCUGUGAGAGCAGACGCUAUCCCGCUCUCAUCCGACCACUGCUUGGACAUACGGCUCACGCACGCUCCCGUAGCUGGAGUAGGUGUAAGCUAUACGGACGGCAUUUAAGACUGUUGCCCCAUUCCCAAAGCUGAGCGACGCAGGAAAGAAAGCAACAAGAACCGGCAGACAUGAAUGCUGCCUUGCUUCUCUCCUCCUCUCUCCUAAUCAUUCAUGUGACGUGCACCAUUGCUUAUUACAAUCAUCACCAUGGGAGGAGGGUUUGUGGAGGCGAUGUAAGCAGGAGUGUAUCAUUCAGUACAGAGUCGUAUGUGCAGCCAGUUUACAAGCCUUACCUCACCAUGUGCCAAGACAAGCGUCUCUGCAGUUCAUACAAAACUAUGUAUAGGUUGUCAUACAGGCAGGUGACCAGGGCAGAUCCAUCCCUCUAUUACCCAGAAUGCUGUCCAGGGUGGCAAAGAUUUCAUUCACACAGUUGUAAUCAAGCGGUGUGUGUGCAGUCAUGUUUGAACGGAGGAACCUGUCACAGACCUAACCAAUGCUCCUGCCCUGUGGGGUGGAAAGGGAGAAACUGCCAAGCAGAUAUAGAUGAGUGUGCUGAGGGCCGUAUGUGUUCCCAGCAGUGUGUGAACACAGCGGGCAGCUACAGGUGUGCCUGUGCGGAGGGUUUCGCACUGGACGCAGACGGACGCACCUGCAAACGACUCCCCCCGCCGCCCACAUUGCCCCCACCACCACGUCCGGCCACCCCCCCACGCAGCCAGCCCCGAGGGGACACACCCGAGCAUGGUCACUUCUCCACCCACACAGGAGUAGAUUUAGGGUUGGUGGAGAAUGUUACAGAAGAAGUUCAGAUUCUGAGGAGCAGAGUACAGCUACUGGAGCAGAAGCUGGAGAUGGUGCUGGCGCCGUUCACCACUCUCUUCCCAUUGGCUGGUGAGGAGGGCAUGGCCGGCGGUCUGGGUGUGGUGGGCAGCACCAGCUUCCUGUCUCACUCCUUGCAGCAGUUGGACCGCAUCGAGUCCCUGAGCGAGCAGGUCGGCUUCCUGGAGGAACGACUUGGAGCCUGUUCCUGUCAGGAAACUUAAAAGCGGGAAAAGCAGAGUUGUGAAGUUGGUCAAUCCAUGACAAUGCUGUGUCAAAUUAAACAUCUCUGUGCCUGAAAAUUCUCAACUUAUCUCCUCCAUGACCUACAACUGGCCCUUAGAUCUGUCUACAAGAGACACGAUCUGUCCAUCCAUGUGCAUCAGAAUCUACUCCAUCACCUUUGUUUUCCCUUCUGUCUCAACAUACUGCCUCCCAGUGCGGGUUGCCAUCACCAGAGCCCCUCAGUUCCACUCCAUCAGACUCAUCUCACCAGACUCAACACCCCCUGAUAUCAUGACACUUCUAUUUCUUUUGUCAUUUUUUAUACGUAGCCCAUUCUCCUUAAAAUGUUUGUUUUGGAUUCUGUAUGCAUUUAUGUUUUGUCUAUUUGACUUUGUUUUGGUGCAGCUAAGUCUGUGUGUAUUUAAGGUUUCAGUUUGUGUUGUUUCUGUUUGUUUGUUUGUUUGUUUAACUUAUAGCUCCACCUGCCUCCCUGGCAUAAGACUAAAAUGAGGAGAGGCUGCUGAAGACCAGUGUUCGAGUUCCUUUCCAUGUCUGAAUGUUGGAAAUCUUGGUCCUUAAUAAAAAUGUUGUAACUCUUUUUUUAAAAUAAAUUUACAAUGACUGUC